CCUAGUUGUCAAACGCUGCAUUGAUUCCUCUUUGGGUUUCUACGCUCUAAAUUCUCGCGAGACUUUGUACAUGUUCUACAAUGUCGGAAGACGAUCAGAUGGAAGUGGAGUCCCCACAAAUCGAAAAAGAUCCUUCAAUAUUUGCAGAAGAAAAGAAAGAGGAAGGAAAUGCCUUCUACAAGAACAAACAGUAUAUAGAUGCUCUUAAUUGUUACUCUCAAGCGAUAGAGCUGUGUCCAACAUGUGCGGCCUACUACGGGAACAGGGCUGCUACCAACAUGAUGUUGUACAAAUAUCUGGAUGCUCUAGAGGAUGCACGACAGUCUGUCCGCAUCGACAGCGCCUUUGUAAAGGGUUAUGUCAGAGAGGGGAAGUGUCACCUAGCACUUGGAGAUCCUGUCGCUGCAGGGCGAUCCUAUCAGCAAGUACUGAUGUUGGAACCUGAAAACAGCACAGCACUUACAGACUUAGCUGUUGCAGAUCGUGUCAAGAAAUUUGAGGAAAUAGCUGAUGCUGACUUCCAGAAAGGAGACUAUAGAAAGGUGUUAUAUUGUAUGGAGCGAUGUAUAGAACAGUGUCCAGCAUGUGUUAAAUUCAGAAUAAGAAAAGCUGAGGUGCUAGCUUUGCUCGGCCGAUACCAAGAAUCACAAGAAUAUGCCAAUGAUAUAUUACGCAAAGAUAGCAUGAAUGCUGAUGCAAUACAUGUACGAGGAAUGUGUCUCUAUUAUCAAGAUAACAUAGACAAGGCUUUCCAGCAUUUCCAGCAGGUCCUGAGACUAGCGCCAGAUCAUCAAAAAGCCAGAGAAAUUUAUAGGAAAGCCAAAGCCUUAAUAGCAAAGAAAGAAGAAGGAAACAAAGAAUUUCGAUCUGGGAAUCUACAGGCAGCUUACAAUUUAUACACAGAGGCAUUGGCCAUUGACCCCAACAAUAAAUUCACAAAUUCUAAACUUUACUUCAACAGAGCAACUGUUGGUGCAAAGUUAAACAAAAUGGAGGAAGCCAUUGCUGAUUGUACAAGAGCGGUGGACUUAGAUGACACAUAUUUGAAAGCUUAUCUACGUCGUGCAAAAUGUUAUAUGGACUCCGAACAAUAUGAUGAAGCUGUCCGCGACUAUGAAAAAAUUUUUAAACUGGACAAAAGUCAAGAAAAUAAAAGAUCAUUACAAGAAGCAAAAUUAGAAUUAAAGAAAAGUAAACGGAAAGACUAUUACAAAAUCUUGGGUAUAGGAAAAACAGCAACAGUGGAUGAGAUCAAGAAAGCGUACAGGAAGCGGGCUUUAGUGCAUCACCCUGAUCGUCACAGUCAUGAUACACCAGAGGUUCAGAAAGAAGAAGAAAAAAAAUUCAAGGAAGUUGGAGAAGCUUAUUCUGUAUUGUCUGAUGAACGUAAAAAGAGUAGAUAUGAUUCUGGGGCCGAUAUCGACGAGCUAGAGGGAGGUGGUGGAUUUGACUUUGGGGUUGAUCCUAACCAGAUAUUUCAGACAUUUUUCUCCAGUGGUGGAGGUCCAGGUUUUAGUUUUGGUGGAGCCCCAGGAGGCGGCGUUCCUGGAGGAUUUUCAUUUCAGUUUGGUUAGCAUAACAUGUCUCAUUCUCGGUCAAGCGAUUUCCUCAAUCACCUGUGAUUGGUUAUAAUUAUGUCAUGGAUAUCUGCGCACAUUGUCAUUGUUCCAGUUUUGACAUUUGUAAUGUUCUAAGGAUUCCAACAGAGAAGACAUAUCUGUAUCAAACUGUUUGACGGGGUUCUUCGAUGAUUUUUAGGAUGUCGGGAGGUAUUUUGAAUUUGAUGGGGAGAAUAAUAAAUUUAAAAUGAAGUCCUGUAUUCAACUCCAUCCCAGGGAUGUAUACUUUUAGUGACUUGCUUCAUAGUCACGAGGUUGAACAGUUUCCCAGACAUCUAGGCACACACACAGAAUACCAAUGAAAAAUGUUAGUGACUUGCAUAGAAUCACAAGGUUGAAAAUUUUCCCUGACAUCCAGACACACGCACAGAAUACCUGGUAUUAAUGAAUACUGUUGAUGACUUGCUUUUAGAAGUCACAAGGUUAUAACAGUUUUCCAGCACAACCAGCCAUCUCAGCUAUUCUUUGAAGGUAUGUUCACCAUAACUGAGGAACUAUAAAAAGCCUGAUUAGAUUCAGAUAUCUAUCUGUUCAAAUAUUUGUGGUAGUUCCACUCACACUACAAAGAAAAGUUCAUGGGUAGGUGCAUGUUUCUGUGGGGUUACAAGGAAAAUGAUAAAGAAAUGAUACUAUUAAAAGAAUUUACUCUAAAAUUUACAUAAUUUGGCUAAUUCAGUCUUUCUUCAGAGAUUUUAGGUGAUGGUUUGGCCAGCCAAAACAUCCAGACAAGUUAAAAAUUAUAAAACCAUUCUGGAGCACCCUUCCAGAAUGUUCUUAACACCUUGUUUUAUGUUAAUUCAUAAAUAUCUUGAUGAGAUACGUUCUCAGUGUGAAUUCAUUUUGAACAAGUAAAUAAUAUGCAGAAAAAUAUUUCAUUAUCAUUAUAUAAAAAAGUAUUGUACAUACUCAUUACAUGUUUUCUAUUUGUACAUGUGUAUUUUUAUGUAUUAUGAAUGUGAACUAGAAAUAUAUGAUGAACACAUGGCAGUGUAUUAUCACCAUAAACUAUUUUAUCUCGUUUCCAAGAUUUGGAGUGCAAGAUAGAGUGAGGUUACCUGGUGAAUCUUAUAGAUCGCUCACCACUGACCAUCUAGAUUUUAAUUAGAUAGUUGGAGUGUAAGAUAAAGUGAGGUUACCUGGUGAAUCUUAUAGAUCGCUCUCCACUCGCUUACAGGCAAUAAGUUCAUUAAGAGAUUUUUGUUCUUGGAUUCUAAUUUUCCAGAAAUCCAGGAACUGACUUAUAUUUUGGUUGAUAUGUUUAAUUUUAGUGCCAUUUCUUUCAGUGUUUUCUUUGUUUUUUUCUCAAAUUGUAGUUAUUGCAAUGAUUAGUGAAAUGUUGUGGAAUUUUUAAGGGAAACUGUUAGCAAAUGUUUGAAUUUGGGAAGUUUUGUUAAAAUAUUUUGAUAAAUCAUUUGAUUGAGUGAUCUACCAGUCAAAAUGGGAAUGGAUUUUAUAAACAUGUUAACAAUGUUCUUACUUCAUUUUUGUAUAAAUGGUAAUAGUGGUAAAAAUACAUGUGUAUCUUACUCGACAUACCCACCGUAUUAUUGACAUGGUGUAGACAUAGUAAUAGCUGUACUUUGUUUCAUCAUAUGUAUAUCACAUACUGCAGGGGUAAUUCUUGGUCAGAUGUAUUUCGACAGAAUUGAUGUAAGUGGAUGGAAUUUUUCUAUAUAAUAUUGGUAAAUAUAAAUUUUCAGCAAAGUUAUCAGUUAAAACUCUUUGUUCUAGAUCAUCUCUGAAGUGUCAACAGAAAUGUUGUGUACAUAUCUGUGAAUUGUUUUGUUACAAGCAUACCCAGUAUUUAACAAUGAUGCUUUACAUAGCCAUCUGAUAGAAUAUAACUCUUCAGCGAUUUAUGUGUCAUAAUUUGUCAUUAAUGAUAGAUGAGAUUGCUGAAUGUGUUUGAUGUUAAUAAUAGCUGAUGGUUAUAUAUGGGAACCUAAGGGAGAUAACUCCGGUUGUUGAGGCAUCUUCUUUCUGUACACUACACAUACAAUACAUUGAGGUGUUUAUAAUAUAUUGUUUGCUUCCUGUACAUGUAUCUGUGCAGUGAUUGAUAUCGAAUUUAUUUCAAUGAGUCCUUUUCAACUGUAUUGCUGAAAACAGUGAGUCCCACAAUGUUGAAUAUAAGUAUUUCCCAUCAAAAUUUUAUUAGCACAGGACUCAGGACUGGCAAUUAGAUUUCUCACUGCUACUCAGGUAUAGUGCCUCCAAUCCUAUACGAUAAAGCAACUAAUCUUGUAGAUUUUAUUAAAUUAGAUAUGAUUGUGGCUGUUUUAGCUUUGGUUUCCUUCUAAGGUUUUGAAUUCACUACUUAUAAUUUACCAAUUUAAGCACUAGGUAGCAAUAUUUUCAAGAGUCAUAAUGCUUUGGAAAAUACUGCUAAAGUUAAUAGCAUGUAAAUAUUGAUAGAUCUACAGUAUAUGUACUGAUUUAUAAUAUUAUAAGUAGAUAAUGUAUGUCUGAUGAAUAUUCAUUACAUGAAUAUAAAUACUGUCGAUAUCUAAUGAAUAUUUAUUACUGCAUUGGUGAAUAUUCAUUAGAGAAAAUAAUUGAUAAGCUGAUGAAUGUUCAUUAGGGAAACAACAAUUUGCUUUUCAUUACAUGAAGGUGAUAUCACCUUCCUGUUACAGACAGUUGAUCUGUGUGUCAAACUUUUCUGGAUGAUAUGUUGGAGAGGUUAUGAUUAGUUUUGAUGAACAGCUGAGCAUGUGCGAUGUGGAAUAACAUUUAAUAUUUAUUAUGAACACAGCGUGAAAAGGGGUUUGUAUGUAGCAGUAUUGUAUUAGUUUCCUGUGCAUGUUGAUAAAUUGUCAUGAAAUAUCAGCCAAGAUCAUUGUGUAUGAAUGUGAUCUCAAUUUUCGUGAAACAUUUAAUAUUAUUGUAAAGAUUUUAGUUGUCACAGGUAAUUAAGAUGUCGUUAAUUUGUUGUGACUUAGAAUCAUUAACUAAGGACUUAAGACUGGGAAUCAUUGAUGAGGGCAUAUUUUGAUACCUAUUUCUUAGAACAAUUUGAUUGUGUUACAGUCAUUUAAAAUCAUUUUUCACAAAAUAAUAACAUCCUGGUGCAGUGUUUUACCGAUAUAUGGAGUUUUGCAAGACCAUGUUUACAGAACUUGCUGAAACACGUCUAAUAUUCAACCUCAUAAUGCUAAGGUUCUGUGUGUUGUAGGCUUUUAACAGUUAUACCUGUAAUUGAAAUCUAUUCAAUUUUUUAGCAAUCAUUUAUUUAUUUUAUAAUAUUUGCUCAAUAAAACAGAAACAUUCAAACUCUAGAAAUCCCCACUUUACAUCAAACUUUAGUCGCUCACUGUUUCAGUCAUUUUCUUCAACAUUAUUAAAGAAUGUAAACAAUUUUACACCUAUAUCAUCAGCCCUGUACCCAAAUACAUCACAUCACACAUCACAGUAAUAUUUCACUUGUAAAUGUUGGCUGUCACCAGUACGGGGUAAUCGUCUCUACAGUAGUGACAAAUCUCGCGAGAUUUCCUUCAUAUAACAUUUGUCUAGAUAUCACAUGCAGUUCUAUUUCACCCAGCUUGAACAACAGAAACCCAUCAAUCUAUUUCAAAUCAAGGGUAAAAAGAAUGAUGAACCUAAAAUGACAGAAAUAUUGAAAUGCCAUGUUAGGAUUAUUAGUCUUGGGUGUUUUUGGUUGAACUCUGUAAGCUUUUCUUGUUUCAGUCGCUUUGUGGAAUGGAGUAGGUGUAUUUUUUUGAGGGAAAUAAAAAUGUACAUAGAAGUGUGUCUAAUCACUAAAGUACUGGACACCAUGAUAUACUAUCAUAGUGUAUUUAGGGAAUCGGAAGCCUUGUCCACUGACAAAAAUCUUAUCAAUGCACAGAGUUCUUAUAAAUUGUCAUAAACUUGAUAUUUUAUACAGUCGUACUGAUGUUUUUAAUUUUCAUUUCAAUGCAACGCUACACACUAGUUGAUUCAUUAGACUUCAACUGUUACAAAGUGAAGUUUAUAUGUGCGAGUCGUUCACUUCACAUUUCAUGCAUACAUGUAACAUGUAACGUCAAAUGACAAGGUCAGUAGACCAAGAUGGUGAGUCAUGUGACAACUCAUGUGACCAUUGAUAAAAUUUAGAAUAUUGCAUCUUUAAUUAAUUAAUGAGCACCUGCCGGGAAACCGACUAGACAGACAUAUUACUCGAUUGCUUGAAACUUGUGCUGUCGAAUAAGUCACAGGGUAAGUUUUAUUUAAUUAAAUAAUGCGCCUACCUUGCCGGUGUCUCGGUCAGAUACUCACCAAGGAGGAAUCCAGGGACUUAUAAUGGAUGAUUGGAGAUGUAUUGAUGCUUGUCCUGUUGUGGUUGUGUUUUAAAAGGAGAGCGAGUGAUGCACGAGUGUAAUGUAUGUUAUCUCUGUGAUGAUGUAUAAACAUGUACAGUAUGACAAGUGACAGAAAUAAACAAAAAUUGGAAAUAU